AUGAAUUUGUGGUGUUUACCUUGGGUUCUGCUCUAUGAUAUUUUCCUUGUGGUAUCUGGCAUGUCACUAGGUGGUGCUCUAAUAAUAGAUGUGGAUGGUGGCAAGAACAAUGACAUAUUUGACAUCAAUCAUGCUUUGGGACUACACCUGUUUGAGGGAGACAUCGAACUUGGUGGGAGAGACAGAAGUGCCCUUGUUGGUAGUAACAAAUGGCCUAAAACCAUCCCUGUUGUCCUUGCAGAUAGUCUGGAAUUGAAUGCUAAAGGAGUUAUUCUGAGAGCAUUUGAACGGUUUCAUUUAAAAACCUGCAUUAAGUUUAAACAAUGGAAAGGAGAAGACAACUAUAUUUUUAUUUACAGAGGAGAAGGGUGCUUUUCUACAGCAGGAAAUGCACAUUUUGGCAGACAAGAGAUUUCCAUUGGAUACUUAUGUGACAAGAUAGGUUUAGUUCAACAUGAGCUCUUCCACACCCUGGGAUUUGUGCAUGAGCAGUCCCGUUCAGAUCGAAAUGACUAUGUUACAAUAAGAGAGGACAACAUUUUGCCAGGCACAGAGUCAAAUUUCAAAUAUUUUAGUGAUAAGCUAUUGGAAUACCUGAAUGUUCCCUAUGACUAUAUAUCUCUGCUGCAUUAUCCCCAAGAUGCCUUCCAAAAAGGAUCAGAGCCAACAAUUGUAACAAGAAACCCUGACUUCAUGGAUAUGAUUGGACAACGAAUAGAUUUCAGUGAUUAUGAUGUUGAAAAACUGAAUCGGCGCUACAAUUGCUCUUCUUCCAAAAUCUUUAUGGACUCAUGUGAUUUUGAACUGGAAAAUAUCUGCGGUAUGAUUCAAAGCUCAGAGGAUAAUGGUGACUGGCAGAGGGUUUCACAGGUGUCUGGUGGGCCCGACUCUGAUCACUCAUACUUGGGCAAGUGCAAAGGUUCCUGUUUCUUUAUGUAUUUCAACAGCAACUCUGUGAAAGAGGGGGGAAAGGCAAUCCUGGAAAGUCGAUUAUUUUAUCCCAAGAGAAACUUUCAGUGUUUACAAUUUUAUUAUUAUAACAGUGGGAAUAAAGAUGACAAGCUCAAGAUCUAUGUCAGAGAAUAUUUUACAGCCCAUUCUAACAUGUUUCUUACUUUGGUGGAUGAAGUAAAAGAUGCACCCCUUGGGAGCUGGCAACUCCAUUAUGUAUCAUUGGCAGUUACCAACAAAUUCAGGAUAGUAUUUGAAGGAACUCGAGGUACUGGUACUUCAGCUGGUGGUCUCUCCAUCGAUGACAUUAAUCUUUCUGAAACCAAGUGCCCUCAUCAUAUCUGGAGAAUAAACAAUUUCACACAAAUCCUUAGUUCAAGGGAAGUCAUCAAUAGCCCUCCAUUUUAUUCUCAUUCAGGCUAUGCCUUUCAGGUUCAGUUAGAUGUAAGAAAUCAAACUAAUGUAGGGAUAUAUUUCUUCCUGAUCUCUGGAGCCAAUGAUGAAGAAUUAGCGUGGCCAUGUCCAUGGCAUCAAGCUACAAUGACACUAUUGGACCAAAAUCCUGAUAUUCGUCGGAGCAUGUCCAAUGAGAGGAGUAUAACGACAGAUCCAUUGAAGACAAUUGAUAGUGAUAUUGAAAACUUUUUUUGGGACAAGCCUUCCAAAGUAGGAGUGACGACAACUUUCCCUAACGGAACAUCAUAUAGCAGAAGUUUGGCAUUUGGAACCAGUACCUACAUAACCCACAAAUGGCUACAAAAAAGAGAUUUUAUCAAAGGAGAUACUGUUUACAUCCUUUUGACAGUGGAAGAUAUAUCACGUCUCUUUUUCACUGAGCCAUUACCUGGGGAGUUUCCAAGGCCUACAUCAAAACCUAACAUAAGUCUCUGUGCAAAAUUCGUCUGUGAGAAUGAUGGCAUCUGUGUUAUCCACAAUAACAAAACAGAAUGCAGAUGUCAAUCAGGUAAAGACUGGUGGUACAGAGGAGAAAAAUGUGAGACUAUGGGCUCCACCAAGAACACCAUAUUUAUCACAGUUUUGUUUGCUACGGGAAUAUUUAUUUCUAUGCUAAUAGUGACUCUUCUGAGUGUCCGUCGUGUUAAGAAGAAAUACAGAAAAAGGAGUAAAGCCAAUACCUUACAAAAUGUAAGUAUGCAAUAAGGUAACUGAAUUAAAACCAGAAAAGGAAACCAUACUCUUAUAGUAACAAAUCUUGGUCUCAGAGAAGAUAUAA